AUGGCAGAUGUUUCAGGGAAAAUCAACUCGACAAACAGCUGGAACUUUGCGCUCAUUGAUUAUUUCCACGAGCUCUCCCUUUUUAAAGAUGGCGACAGCAUAAACUUCCAAAAGGCCUCUACCACUCUGGACGGCUGUGUCAAGAUUUAUGCCUCAAGAAUUGACUCGGCGGCAUCUGAAACAGGGAAACUGCUAUCUGGCUUGACGUCCAACAAUUUGGAAGGCAUCGAUGAGGAGGAAGACGAGAACGAUGAGCAAGAAGGCGGCACGACAAAACCGAAAUCGAAAAAGCAUCGUGCCGAGUCGACACUGGCAAAGAAGUUCCAGACGAUAAAGUUGAAAGAAGUUGAGAAAGAAUUGUUUGUGGACCCGAUCUUCAAGAAAGCGUUAUCUGAUUUCGAUGAAGGAGGAGCCAAAAGUCUGCUCACGAACAUGCUGAAAAUCAAUUCCGAAGGACGAGUCGUUUUUGACACUAGCGAAAAGUCCAAUGAAUUGAUAAUGAACGAGAGUGACGAAGAAGAAGAGGUCCCUCAGCAUACUCGCUCAAACAUCGACAUUUCAAAACUAGCUCGCUUUUUCCCUGACACGGCCGCAGAAACUAAAGUUUGUCCUUCCCUCGAGCAGUUGGAACGUAUAACUAAAGAGGGAGCCAGUGCUGCAGAGCUUCUUGAGCAAAUUGGGCAGCUUGAAUUCCCUGAAGAGCAACCGGUGUUCCAAGAAGAUGAUAAUCUCGACUUUGGAGGAGGUGAUCACUUUGACGACGAUGACGACGAUGACGGCAAUGGCCCGGAAAAUACUCACAGAAAUCAAUACUCUUUAUUUAUCGAUGGUGUCAACGAUAGCGAUCGUUCAGGACCAAAUAUCACGCUGACAAGGUUGUUUGACGAGAACCAAACUGCGCAAUUUGACGAUGACGGUGAUGAAGAAGGUGGAAGGAGUAUGGCCGAAUAUUUCGAUACGAUAUCAAGACAAAACUGGCGUGGUCCCGAACACUGGAAAAUUGCCAUGGUGAAGCAAGCGCACCAAAAGAGUUCGACUCCGGAAGUCGCUCCUGCUGAAGCAACAAAUAUGGCUGGCGACGAGGGGCAGGAGGAUUUCGUACAAAAAGCCACUGCCAAGCGUAAGGCUGUCUUCACCAUAAACUUCAUGAACGAUGACGAUGACUUGGACGAUAAAGAGCUCUUUGCAGCGCCUGCAAAUGCUUCCAAACUUCUUAUUCCGGAAAAAGAGAGGGUGCCCCACCCUACGGCCAACAAACUGCCUGAAGAUUUACAGUUCACCACAAAGCGAUUGAUUUGUCUGAACAUCAAGCCAAAUCAGAAAAUAAAUACAAUUCUCACAAAGAAGAAGAAGAGAGUUGCACAACGAUUAGGAUACGAUGACGAAAGAAUAGCUGAUGAGAAUUUCUUUGCCGAUACGUACAAAGAGCAGGGUGGUGAUUCAAACGCUGAGGGGCAAGGAUUCGACGACACGUUCUUCAAUGCAGACUACAAUGACCAUCCUGACGAUGACGACGACGACGAAGGUGACAUCCCUGACCUGCCUACAAGUUCGCAGCCUUUGUUUUCGCAAUCACAGAAACGACCUGGAGCGUUAGGGUAUGCUAGAGUUGCUAAGAAAGUGAAUGUGAAGCUACUGAAAGACAAUCUGUGGGAUUCACUGGAGGCUGAAACGCGAAAAGCCAAGAGAGACUCUUCAGUCUUGGAAGACGAUAAGGAAAACGGACCUCCACAGGAAGAGAACGACAAACAGCGAAGCGAGAAAGAGGAGAACGCGCUCAAGUUCACCGAAGUUGUCAGCAAGUUGUCGAGCAAGUACUCGUCAGAAGAGAAGUCUGAGCUGUCCACCAGUUUCUGUUUCAUCUGUCUUCUGCACCUUGCCAACGAAAACAAUUUCACCAUCGAAAAUACUCCAGACUACACGGAUUUGUUGAUUAAAAGAUGA